AUGGCCAUGGUGUUGGCAUCAGCGAUGGGGAAGCACACUCAAAAUGGCUUUGUACCGGGGUUCUCCGUCCUUAUUACCAAAUAGGGCUACUCUUUUAAACUUAUACAUCUGCUUUUGACAGAAAGGUACUCUUUUCAUCUAUUUCCGCAUAGGUAGUGGUCUUGGAUUACAUAUGUCUACGCUAAGACAUUUUGUAGUAACAAAAUAAAGGAAAAAGGCAAGAUAGUCUCUACGAUAGCCAAUUCACAUCAUCAACUCAACCUCUAUUUAUUAUAAGUAGUAUUAUCAAAUUAAAGUUAUUAUAACCAUUGCUAUUGCCAUUGUAAACAACUUAAAGAGAACCAAACGAAUAAGAAACGAGAUCGCUGUAAGUUUUUCUUCUAGUCUCGUUACCAGUGUCCCACAGACUCUGGUCACGAUUUGCAUUUCACUUCCGCAGUUCGUGGCUUCAAGCGCUUGUGGAGUCGAAAUUUUAAUAAUUCAUCAGAAGUGAACUGCUUUUUUGGCUAUUCCUGAAGAUCUGGUGGUGGAUUGUGGUGUGUAUCAUCGAAGGAGACGCUGAAACCAGUGUAAAUAACGUGUUCAAGGUGGGUUUUUGCUUAACACUGUCUGACCUCUGGAAGAACGCAUGAAACAUGAGUUCAAUGCAAGUAGUUUGAAUUCUGCAGAGCCAGAAGAAAGAAAAUAAAGAUAAUUUUUACACACCGCAAGUGUAGACCAUGUAUGCCGCCAGGCUCUAAAUAUAAAAUAUUAGAUCCUGGUCACGGUUUCGCUUUUGAAAAUGGGAAACUAACUUUUCGAUGCCAGUGUUCUACUUUUUUUCGACUGUGCGUUUUGUGUCACACAAGCGGGGCGUACGUUUCUGUCUAAUAAGCGUCACGAGCGGCUGGAACUGAGUUAAGAUUUGUAUAUGGUAUACAUGUGCACUGACUGUUGCGUUUAAAUGUUUCCUGUGAAACCUGUAACCUCAUCGCGGUCAUCACCCGAACCACAUGAAAGGUUUUAAGAAAAGCAACGAAAUUAAGACUUCAUCUGCGAUUUACCCGAGUAACUGAGCUCAAUGGUUGGCAUAUUGAUAACAGCGCAUUAAUUUCAGACAAUAGUAUUUAAGAUGAAUUGGCUUUAAGUUAAAGCCAAUUCAUCUUAAACGAUUUUUCUAACGAAAGAUAACACUGAUAUUUCAUGGUGAAUACUAAUUCAUAGUACAUUUGCCGUAUCUCCGGUGGUGUUCAUGAAUAUAAUACAAUAACGUGACGGAAAUUCGUGUUCGUGGUACGGUUAUUUUCAUUGCUUCGUGCCAAUCGGGACCACCCAACUCACUUCCAUUUCACUCGCCUUUUUUUUUUUUCGAUUACGAUAACAAUGAUUUCAAAACGUUUGAUUCUGGUUAUUGAUUGAAUAUAAUGAUCACUCUUACCUCGAUAAAUCAUCGAUAGCCUGGCCCGUUUAACCUUUUGACCCCCCAAGAGUGAAUAGCAUCUAAUUUCUCCUUACAAUAUCACCCCUGAAUCAAGCAUUAAGGUCACAAGAAUAAAGGAAAUGAUCACCAACUAAAAAAACUCCUCAUUAUUAGCUAAAUUCUCCUUGUAAGCUCAUUUGUAAAUGUAUAGAGAACAGUAUGGAGAAUAUUCAUACUGAUGUAAAGGUGUAAAGGGUUAAUGAAGGGUCGAUUUCAAGUUUAACUUGCAUCACAGAGCGGAUUCGCCUCGUAUCUGGCUUGUAAAAAUAAAACCUAUGUUGAAUCGGUUGACUCAAGACUUAUCGGAGUCAUAUCCAAAUUAAUUAGCAAAAUUUAACUGUUAUUGGCUGACCUUCUAAAAACUCCAAAGUUUUUAAUUAGAACUACCGUAUUACCGCUGGCAUUUAAAUUAAAUGAGGAAAUUCCUUUACUGAUGAUUGGGUUGUUAAGUUGCCUAUAAAUGCUAAACGAGGGAAGCGUUAUGAAUAAAUUUUUUGCAAGAAUUAUGAUGUAUCUGAAAGCUUUUUUUUUUUCAGGGCCGGAGAAACCAAAGUUAAUGCCAUGGCAUCUACGUCGCAUUCCUCUGCACCAGCUGGUCCCGCAAGUGAAAUAAGCAUACCAAAGUACAGUAACUGGCUCGCUGUGGGUCAUGCCUUAGUAAACGUACUUUGUAAGGGUCUGCGGCCUUAUGUUACACGAGAGAUGGAUUGUCUGUAUAAGUGCAUAAAAAACAGAGUUGCGGAUCUUCCCGAUGCGGGACCCUGCCAAUGUAAAACAAGAACUCAUAAAAUGGAGAAAUGUGCAUGGGCAUGUGAACUUCAGUUUUUUCACCAUCGAAACAAACCACACUGGAAACAAAGUGAUCCCAGCAAGUGGGCGGAUCCAGAUCUUGGUCCUUGGGAAAUAGCUAAGCUGUAUAUACCUGAAUUGAGUCCAGGCUCUAUUAUUAAUGGCGCGGACGACAUGGAUAUUACUGGUAUUUUGAACCUCAUGUACUGGUGCAACAAAUUUAAAAUUUUACAGACUCGAGUCGAAGAAACUCGAAAAGCACGUAAUACAAAGUGGGCUCACGUGCCGAAGCUAGAACUAACAGAUGAAGAAAGAAAGACUGUCCUUGAUGCUGUUGAAAAACUGCUCGAAGAUUCCGCAUUGGCCGAUGACUCUGCCGCUAAAAAGGCCCGAGAUGAAAUAUUACAGUUGAAAUGCGACUUACAAACAUUCGACUUACAAACAUUCGAGCACCAAGUAUUAAUCCAGCACCGAAAUGUGACUGAAAAAGAUGUUUCAAACAUGAAGAACGAGCUGAAAAUUCUAAAAAGGGAUCAGUCAAAACACAAUAAAAGGUUUCGAGGAAGGUUGGAAGGACGUCUUCGUAACAUGAGGAUGGCUUUAGAAAACGUAGACAGAAGGAUGCAGGAAAGGGAGUCAAAACACAAUAAAAGGCUUCGAAUGCAGUUCAGACGUCUUCGCAACACGGAGAAGGCUUUGGAAAACGUAAACAGAGGGAUACGGGAAAGAGUUGCUCUCACAAAGCUUGUCCAAAAUGGCAUGUUGUUUUUCGGGUAUUGCUUUAUCAUGUGUUCCGAGGGAUUAAGAGCAAGAUUGUUUGUUCCUUGGCUUAUUAUCCUUUUUUUGUGCAAUUGCUUCACGAGUCUAGAUCCCAGAUCAUUCGAGUAUGGUAGGUAAAGCAAGAUACUAGUAGUUUGCCUAGUCUUGAUUAACAACUAACAACCAAACAACUAAACAACCAAACAGCCAAACAACCAAACAACCAAAAAACUAAACAACCAGACAGCCAAACCACCAAACAACCAGACAACCAAACAACCAAAUAACUAAACUGCUAAAAACAUAACAAAGUAAACGAGCCAACAAACCAACAAUUUAGUAGUAGCUAGAUACCUACUGACAAACUGACAGAUAGAAUGACUGACUGAGUGAAUAACUUUAACUAGUGAACUAUUGAUUAAUUAAGUAGCUAGCUAACCGAAUAAAAGAAGACGCCAAAAAGACAGAAAAAACGAAAAGAUUAGUCUUUUUGUAUGAAAAUAGCUGGACUAUUUUCAAGUCACGGCAGAUCAAACACAUAGGAAGGUUGUGAUCCAAGCUGAUUUUAGCAUCUCAUCAUGCAUAAUUUAUUUUCCGCUGCCUCUUUUUUUUUUUUUUCUUUUUUACUUUUUCGUAGGGUCUGUAGGUCCAUACCAAUCAAUUGGAUGUUACAAAGAUUUUAAUGACCGAGCCAUACCAACUUUGGAAGGGCAAGAUUCGAUCCUAGAUGGCAAGUACAAUGCACGGAGUAACUCUAUCGAGAAAUGCUAUAGAGCAGCGAAGAAGCGAGGAUUCCAAGUGUUUGCAGUUCAAAAUGGGGGAUGGUGCGCCUCAAGUGCUUUCGCCAUUGGGACGUUCACCAGAUAUGGAAAAUCGUCAGCUUGUAAGUCAGACGGCGAAGGUGGACCAUGGGCCAAUCAAGUUUAUUAUAUCAAAGGUUAGUACAUUAACAUACUUUCGAUCGUUUUACAUGUGUUCGUGUGGUCUGAUCGCAAGACUGUUAUCGGUAGUAUUGACAGACGUUUCGACGUGAGAAGUUGUGGUUCGUGUAAACUGAUCGCUCAGUUUAGCCGUGAUUUUAUUGGCUGUAGCGUAAGUCGGUCGUGAGUGGUCGUUUUACAGUUGUUUGUCACUGAAGCCCUUUCAGGAAUAGUUAAUUUUUUUUGUUUUUGUUUCAGCAAUCAUUUUUAAUCUUCUAAAAAGGCGCUGUCGUUUUGUUCGUCGUGCUAGUUCUUGUGUCUCGUGAUACUGCUUUCGCCAUAGUGAAAACAUCGAUUUUUACUUUUAAAAUGUUUCCCUUUGAGCACAAUCUAAGAUAUCCUGAUUUCGUUUUGCCAGUUUGAAUUUCUUAUAUGUUUUCCUAGGCGAGUCACUUUGGUAUUGUGUUGAGAUAAGAAACAAAAUAGUUUACAAUACUGAACAGUACCACUAGCUGAGGUAUUAGGACACUCCCUAGUUUAGAGGGUUUGAAAAGAAUGAACUGAGUUUGCUUCCACCAAAUUUCCUUCUCUUAGGUUAUCAAGCCGUAGGAUGUUAUACAGAUGCUUCAAAUCGCGCAGUGGAGACUCUAGAAGGAACAGAUUCCAUCUUAGACGGCGCCUACAAUUCACGUGUAAAUCCCAUUGCAAAGUGCGCCGUGGCUGCAAUGCGAAAAGGCUACAAUAUGUUUGCAGUUCAGGAUGGCGGCUGGUGUGCAGCAAGUUCUACUGCGCCACAGACGUUUGACAAAUAUGGAAAAUCCACCACUUGUAAGGGUGAUGGCAAAGGUGGACCCUGGGCCAAUAAUGUCUAUGUCGUCAAUCGUAAGUGCAAAUAAGGACUACACUUUUGGGAUCAUUUGCUCGAGAAAUAUUCAGUAAAAUUCGAAAACAGUUCGCCCACAGAGGGUGCAGAGAAUAUUAGCGAUGUUGACAAACACGACAGUACAAGUCACAUAAGCUGAUCACGGCUGGCGUAUGACUGAAGUCACACUUACCGGAUGUUAUCUUUCUAAUUUGCGCCUACUGAGCCAUGAAACCUACUUACAGCGGCCGCACCUCUCUCAAUGCCAGCUGCUGCUUUUUGUUUUCCACUGAAGUCUGACCAUCAUUUGAUUUAUAAAAUAUUCAAAUUUCAGCGCUCGUUUUACCCUACGAAACGAUCGGAUGUUUUCAGGAUCAUGAUGACCGAGCCUUACCGACAUUGGAGGGACAAGAUCCUAUUUUGGAUGGAGACUACAAAACACGACUUGAUCCCAUCAGCAAAUGCUUUCAAGCAGCUAAGAAGCGAGGAUUUCAUAUAUUUGCAAUUCAAGAUGGUGGAUGGUGUGCAACAAGCGCUUCGGCUGCCAAGACAUUCAACAGAUAUGGUAAAUCGUCAGCUUGUAAGUCAGAUGGUGAGGGUGGACCAUGGGCCAAUCAAGUUUAUUACAUAAAAGGUCAGUGCAUAACAUAGUACACGGUCUGAACCUGAAGUAAUAGUCGAUCGUAUGGUGAGCUAAUCGGGUAGAGGUAAUUCUGAAACCUUCUAGGCAGUAGUCCUCAUUAGACACCUGAAAAAAUUUUUUUUCUAGGCUAUCGCAUUCGGACGAUCACACCGUAUUGUCGACUGUUACUUUGUUGUUGUCGUGGUAUAUGAACAGCGUUGUCGAUCUUAAAAAUGGAGCAAAAGCUAUCACCAUAAAACCAUUAAAAUUAUAGUGAUAAGGGUUAUGAUUUAUUUAUUUUUUGUAAUUCUUAAGGUUAUAAGGCCGUUGGUUGUUAUAAAAACAGCUCAAAUGACUCUCUGCCUGAUAUGGCAAGUAGUGGAAUCGAAACGUUGAAGGGAAAGGAUUCCAGCCUAGACGAUGCUUACAAUUCUCGUGAAAAUCCCAUCGCAAAUUGCGCCGUGGCUGCUAUGAGAAACGGUUACAAUAUGUUUGCAGUUCACAAUGGCGGCUGGUGUGCAGCAAGUGCCGCCGCUUUAGAGACAUUUGACAAAUAUGGAGAAUCCACGGAUUGUAAAGCUAAUGGGAGUGGAGGACCUGCGGCUUAUAACAUAUAUUUACUGAAAGGUAAUUAUGAACUGCUAUAAAAAUCAGGGGCGGACAAUAAACGCCACUCUUUCUGAUUCUUUGUAAGUUAUGCCUUUUGUGGAAAUAGAAUGAAAAGGCUCAUCCCAUGCAGACUCCUAAGAUCUCUAGAGAUGCUUUUCCCCAAGGCAUUCGUAAGAAGAAUAAAAAGCUCAGCAGUACAAAAAAGUUUCAAUGAUACGGAAAUGAUGUUAUUAUUAUUCUUCCUAUUAUUAUCAUCAUAUGUAUUAUUGAUUGUGAUACCAAUUUAAAGCAUUUUGAGACUGUACCUCGAUUUAAUACAAGUGAUAGAUGAUUUCAUUUCAUAUAACCCUCUUGCGCAUACUUCCCGCUAUAAUUUUAUAACGAACCUUAUCUCGAAGUAAAAAUUAUUUUACUUGUGGAUGGUAUUACCUUACAUAGUUCCUUGGUGGCAAUGAAAGCUUUUGUCGUAAACAAUUGCUACUGAUGUACAAGGAGUCGGUUGUGUAGGGCUGUAGCAGCAACGAAAUUGAAUCAUAAUAGGUGACGUAUGUUCUCGACAUACAAAUGUUUUCGCCUGUUUCUCAAUAUUUAGAUCACGUUACGUUGGCUCUAUCAGAAUGUUGUCUUUGUCGAAGCCAUGAGGAGGGUGAAGGCGAUCAAAACAUGUCCCUUCUAAGGGAUCAGUCAUUACUUUUCUCCGGGGGUGGGGUCGGAGGAGGAUUUUUGGCGGAUCACAUGAUUUUCAUGGGAAACGGAGGAGGGAGCAAUCGUCUCUAACGAAAUUCAAAAGGGGCACUCUAGAGAAUUGAUUACUAAUGGAGGGGGGGAGGCGAGGUUCAUUAGAAUACUGCGGAGAAUUUUAAGGGUAUCAGGUUAUUAGGACACAACCAACAUUCUUCGAACCCCACCCCUCCCAAGGUGGUAAAUAAAUUGACCAGUCCCUAAGUUAUGAUGCAUGAUUACGAUUUUGGUGUCCUUUUUGUGGUCUCUAGGUUACGUUGCCGUUGGUUGUUACAGAGAGAAACAAGAUCGCGCAAUUGACACAUUAGAAGGAAAGGAUUCCAUCUUGAACGACUCUUACUAUUCUCGUGAAAAUCCUAUCGCAAAGUGCGCCGUAGCAGCCAUGAGAAAGGGGUUCAGUAUAUUUGCAGUUCAGGAUGGUGGCCUCUGUGCUGCAGAUGUUUCUGCACCACAGAAGUUUGACAAAUAUGGGAAAUCCCCGAAUUGUGAGGUUGAUGGUACUGGAGGACCCGGGGCUAUUAACGUAUAUUUGAUGAAAGGUAAGGUAUAACAACUCUUAAGGAUACCUAGUACUGGGAACAAUUCGCAGAGAGCAUUUUUUGACGCGUAGUUUUAGAUCACUAUCUCCACCAUUUUGUGUUGUCUCGAAUUGAUCCAAAAAACAUCGGGUAAAAGAAAAUUGAAAACCUGAUACUUACAUAUUCUGUGCGAUAAUCAGUUCAAAAACAGUAACAAACGAACAUAGCAAUCUCCGACACGAAACUACUUUUAGGACAAAAACCAUGUGCUAGUCGGCCCCAACAUCCGGCAAUUACAUACUGUCCUCCGAAAUCAGUUAACGCCACUUUUGAUAAUGCUUUGCAAACUGUAUGUUCUAUUGAAAAUAAAGUGAAGGGGAGAUCUCAUCAGAUUCCUUAAAAUCCCCCAAGUUGCCGUCUUUUCCCAUCAAUGCGUUAAGCACUAAAGAGCUCUAUAUUCCCAUGUUCAAGGCAGAUUCAAUGAUAACUGAUUGCGAUAUCAAACAUAGAAAUUCGAGGACUACCUCACAUUAGCGUUCGAUGUAUUUCAAGAGCUGAAUGAUUUCAAUUUCAUUUUACCUUUUACCCAGUCCUUUCUGCUAAAAUGCUAAAGUGGCUUGUCAAUGCAAAAUUAAUUUACAAGGAGUCAUUUAUUUUAUUUCUUCUUUCCCCAAUAUUCAGGUCAUAAAGCCUUUCGCUCUUAUAGAACGUUGUCAUUGUGGACCCUAUGAAUGGAGGGAAAGCUACCACGAUGAGUUCCAUCUAAAUCACUUUUAUUAUGAUUGUGAUUUCCUUUUUUAAUAUUAAGAGUACGAAGACGUUGGUUGUUACAAAGACAAACAAAGUCGUGCCAUCGAAACAUUAGAAGGGAAGGAUUCCAUCUUAGAUGGCGCGUACAAUUCUCGUGGAAAUCCCGUUACAAAGUGCGCCGUGGCUGCAAUGAGAAAGGGUUAUAGUAUGUUUGCAAUUCAGAAUGGUGGCUGGUGUGCAGCAAGUUCCACUGCGCAACAAACGUUUGACGUAUAUGGAAAAUCUACGGAUUGUAUGGCUGACGGUGAAGGUGGACCUUGGGCUAAUAAUGUCUACAUAUUAAGAGGUACUUUUUUGCGCAGAACCAUAAGACUU